CUACUAAAACGAACGCUACCAACACGAAUGUGGCCAAUAGCAUUAUGUGUCAGGGUUUAGCCUGCGAUAGUUAACUGUAAAUUGUUCGUGUAUCCUAUAAACAGGGAGAGCACGACUUUGGUUGGGAAAGCAUUGUAGGGAACCAGCCUUUUCUCAGAAAGGGAGCAACUUUGAGAGGAUAUGGUGCCAUUUUCCAUGGCUUUCUGCUUGAAAUGUAUCAAGUGAUUAUUUAUCUUAAAGUUAAAGCGUGUUAUAGCAAUAUUGAUAAUGAUAUGUGAUCUAAGGAGCUACUAUUUGUAAUGAAAAACACUUGAAAGUGAAUAGGCUAGUCAAAGUUAAAAUGUUGCUUGCAUACUUUAAUGUUUUUUUUAAGGCUUUUUACGAGUCUCGUUCUGUAGGUAGACGCCCUACUGUAUCGUGUGAACGAUAACGUCAUCAUGUCGGUGCAUAAACUGGUUACUGUAAUUGAAUGGAACGGAAGGAGGUGGGGUGCUGCUGUUUAAGACAUUGAUCAUUGACGUUGCAAAGAAGGACCGGAGCGGCUCAAACAAUCUCGGCGACCUCCGAACGCGGAUGAAUUCAACCUAAUCCAUGGUCGAUCAUCAGGAGAUUUGAUGGAUUUCCUAUAGGAAACUAUACACUGGGUGAAUAGUUCCAGUUUAUAUAUACCGCUCCUUCUCCUCCCUGGCUCCCUCUACUCACCGCUCUAACAUCGCAGAAGUCUCCACCGUCUUCAUCAUAAGUCAUUUUCAUGAACAAUGACAACCAAGUUGCUGGUGUCUUUCUUACUUCUGUCAGUCCAACGGGUGCGUUCCGACCCAGACCCAAGGGACUACGAUGGGGACUAUGAGGACACUACUGUCAGUCAGAUGCUGGCUCCCAAAAACCACCAGGCAGAGGCCACGCUCAUAUUAAAUAACUUACUUAAGGACUACGACAAGACACUACGCCCUGAUAUUGGAGUUAAACCAACACUUAUCGACGUUGACAUAUACGUCAAUAGCAUCGGACCUGUAUCAUCAAUAGACAUGGAAUACGAAAUUGACAUCAUUUUUGCACAGACGUGGAUCGACAGCCGUCUGCAAUACAACAGCACUAUGAAGAUCCUGACUCUCAACAGCAACAUGGUGGGAAUGAUCUGGGUCCCUGACACCAUCUUCAGAAACUCCAAGAACGCAGACUCUCAUUGGAUUACGAUGCCCAAUCAGCUUCUGCGUAUCUGGAACGAUGGGAAGAUACUAUACACGCUGAGGUUGACCAUCAAUGCAGAGUGCCAGCUGCAGCUCCACAACUUCCCUAUGGAUGAGCACUCCUGUCCCCUGGUCUUCUCUAGCUAUGGUUACCCCAAGGAUGAAAUGAUUUACAGAUGGAAAAGGAACUCCAUCGAAACCUCAGACCAGAAGUACUGGCGCCUCUACCAGUUUGACUUCAUGGGCCUGCGGAAUACCACUGACGUCCUAAAAACGACAGCAGGUGAUUAUGUGGUCAUGACAGUGUACUUUGACCUGAGCAGGAGAAUGGGUUAUUUCACCAUCCAGACCUACAUCCCCUGUAUCCUCACCGUGGUGCUAUCCUGGGUCUCCUUCUGGAUCAAUAGCGAUGCCGCCCCCGCCAGAACAGCACUAGGUAUCACCACUGUGUUGACAAUGACCACCCUUAGUACAGUGGCCAGGACGUCCCUACCCAGGGUCUCCUAUGUGACGGCCAUGGAUCUCUUCGUCACUGUGUGCUUCUUGUUCGUCUUUGCGGCCAUGAUGGAGUACGCCAUCCAAAACUACUACGCCUACAGGGCACAGAAGCCCCGCUACAAAAAGACAAACAAGACGCAGAGACUGACCUACUCGAUGCUAGACAUGGGGCCAGGUCCCCACGACUGUGGUUCCAUUGAACAACAACUACUCAUACUGGCAGGACUAUGAGGACGUGUACGAGUGUCUGGAUGGGAAGGACUGCCAGAGCUUCUUCUGCUGUUACGAGGAGUGAA